GUAAUUAUCGUAAUAGAUGCCCUCGACGAAUGCAAUCCAGCUACGCGGCGCCAGUUCCUCAAUGCGAUAGAGUCUAUCCUUAGAGAUUCUUCCAGCCUCGUCAAGAUAUUCGUCUCUAGUCGUGACGACCAAGACAUCGUCUACAAGCUUCAGGAAUACCCCAACCUUGAGCUAUCGUCGGAUAGGAACCAGGAUGACAUCGCCAAGUUUGUUGAAUCCGAGACAAAUUCCAUGAUCAAGAGCGGAGCUAUGCUGCGAUAUAGCACAAGCAAGGAAGAACUACGGCAGAGAAUUAUCGAAGAGGUCACCAAGGGUGCGCACGGCGCGGAACGUCGUGGCAGGUUCCGCUGGGCUGCCUUGCAGCUGCAGGCACUGUGCGAUCUUAGCUCCGAUGCCGCGGUUCGCGAAAGGAUCGGGCGUCUACCACCUACACUAGAAGAUCUUUAUCGGGAAUCCCUCGAGAAGCUCGACAACUACCAGGCUGAAGCCGACCGCAAAUACGCAAGACGUAUCAUUGGGUGGCUUCUCUGUGCCCGCAGAAACUCAGCUCGGACGAAUUUCUUA